AUGUAUCCACGAUGUGGUAGUAAUGGUUCAAUCCAAAAUAUCCACCAAACACCGUCGUCUUCUAACCAGAACACAGAGGAUGAAGAUGACAGUGGAGAUAACAAGGCAUCUGCACUGAGUUUUAAGGAAAGAAGGAGAGAGGCUCAUACUCAGGCUGAACAGAAAAGAAGAGAUGCCAUUAAAAAGGGCUACGAUUCCCUUCAGGAGUUGGUGCCAACUUGCCAGCAAACUGAUGCAUCAGGGUACAAACCAAGCAAAGCAGCCGUACUUCAAAAAUCUAUAGACUACAUCCAAUACUUACUGCAGCAGAGGCGAAGGCAGGAAGAUGAGCGGAAUGCGUUGCGCAAAGACGUAGUUGCGUUGCGCAUAAUGCAGGCUAACUACGAGCAAAUCGUGAAGGCGCAACAUUCGGUACCAGGGCACAAUGAACAAAGACUUACUGACCAAGAUAAGUUUAAAGUGUUCCAGGGUAUAAUGGACAAGUUGUUCGAGUCAUUUGAGUCGGUGCCGACAAAUAACUUCGCGGAGUUUUCGGCGGGAGUGUUCAACUGGCUUGAAGAGUACUGUAAGCCUCAGUCCCUGAGAACCAUGGUCCACGGCGUGUUGAGGGAACAAAGUUAUACGCCAUAA